UUUAACAUAACCUUAUACUCUAAGCAAAAAGCAUGAGUUUUUUAAGCAAGAAAUAUUCUCAAAAGAAUUAAGUAUCAAAAUCAGAGAAUAUUUACUGAUAUAGUCUCUGAUCAAAAUAUUCUUAAAACACAUUUGUGAAAUGUGUGGAAUUUUAUGCUCGAUUACAAAUGCAGAAAGCAACACUACAUGUUCUUGUAUUGAUCAAAGUGAUUUCUUCUUGCACAAUCGAGGACCCGAUUUACAUGACAUAACACAAGUGCUCCUAAAUAAAUGGAAUGUUAGCUUAUUGGGAUACGUUUUAUGGUUACAAGGGAAAAAUCCUGUAAAUCAGCCAGUUCAUGAAAAUGAUCAGUAUAUGCUUUUCAAUGGAGAUAUUUUUGGAGGAGAACUAAUUCAAGACGAAACAAGAUUAAAUGAAGGCGAUACAUUACCGUUAUUUAAUGCAUUGAUUAAAUCACAAUCAAUAUUAAGCUCGCUAAAACAAUUGAACGGACCUUAUGCUAUCGUAUACUUAGAUAAAAAUAAAUUAUAUUUUGCAAGAGAUCAUUAUGGAAGACGAAGUUUAUUGAUCAGCAAUCAUAAUAAUCAUUUAGUUAUUUCAAGUGUUUUAAAACGAAAUUUGAAUUAUAAAUGUAUUGAAAUUCCUCCUAUAGGAUUAUUUCAUAUUGAUUUGGAUCAAGAUUCAUUAGAAAUUAAUGUAGAACCAUGGAAUAUUCCGUCAAAUUUGAUACAAAAAGCAAUACAAGAAAUGGAACAAUUAAACCUCAAAAUAAAUGUAAAUUAUGAUAAUUAUGUUCCUCUCACUAUAUUACACAAAGAACUGGAUUCCCAAUUAUCAAUGUUAGAUGUAUUAUUGAAUAAUACAAAAGAAGAAUCUUUUGAAAAAUUACUUAAUGAUAUUUAUUGGCAAACUCGAGUAAUUAAAUUAAAAGAUCUUCUGCAAGAGGCGGUACAUAUAAGAGUUAUAACUCAACCAAAACAUUGUAAAAAUACAAUUGGAAUACUUUUUUCUGGUGGUUUGGAUUGUACAAUUUUAGCCGUUUUAGCUCAUAAAUGUUUACCCUUAAGUACUGAAAUUCAUUUAUUUAAUGUAGCAUUUGAAAAAAAUAAUGUAAACAAUUUUGAUACACCAGAUCGUAAAACAGCUAUUGAAAGUUUAAAAGAAUUAUCAUCUAUAUAUCCAGAAAGAAAAUGGAAAUUUUUUGAAAUAAAUAUUUUACAAACGGAACUACAAGAACAGUGCUCCAAACACAUAACCCACUUAAUAAAUCCGUUAUCAAGUAUUUUAGACGAUAGUUUAGGUUGUGCAGUCUGGUUUGCAAGUAGAGGAUGCUCCGAAGAAGAGAAAUCACCGUGUAGAUUAUUACUUGUUGGAAUGGGAGCCGAUGAACUGUUUGGUGGGUAUACACGACAUAGAAAUGCAUUUCGAAGAGGUGGAUGGAUUCGAUUAAGUGAAGAAUUGGCAAAUGAUUGGAAUAAUUUACCACAUAGAAAUUUAGCUCGAGAUGAUCGGGUAAUAUCUGAUCAUAGUCGUCAAACUCGUACACCAUAUUUAGAUGAAAGUGUUGUUAAAUAUGUCUCGUCACUGCCAACUUGGGAUAAAUGUUAUCUUAGUGAUAAAUUGCCGAGUGGAGUUGGUGAUAAAUUGUUACUUAGACUAUUGGCGUAUCAUUUAGGUUUAAGAAAUGUACCAUUUUUUCCUAAACGUGCAUUGCAAUUCGGUUCACGUAUUGCAAAUAGCAAGGAAAAUGCUAAAGAUAUUUCUUAUCGAUUACAAAAUUUUGUGUGAUAUGAAAGAGCGCA